AAAUACGUCAAAAGUUAAUGUAUAAAGUUACAACUAUAUAUUUAUGGAGGGUGGAGGUAAUCCAUGGUUUCCAUUAAUAAAUAAAACCCAUAGAUAGUAUUGAGCUCUUCAAGUUUUCAUCUCCUAUUUAGUUCCUGAAAUAAUGUGAAUUUAUACAACUCGAAGAACAACAAAUGAGUAAUUAUUAUAUUGUAAUUUAGUAACUGUUUGUUGGAAUGCGGACGCAAAUUUAUAUUAUUGUAAUGAUAAAAGAAGCAGAAAUAUAACCUUACAUAUUUGUUUAGAUUUCAUAAAAUAAUGUUAAGGCACAUUUUUCGUUAUUAUAAACCGAAACACAUAAAAUGUUUUAAGUAUAACCCAACGCCUACAGCUAAUAUUUUAAAUGUGAACUCAAAUCUAUUUUUUUAUUGUGAGUCGAAUGUAAGUUUACAUACAUCGACAUUGUACGAAAGUAAUAGAGAAGUGUUUGUUGAUCACGAAAACAGUUUUGCUUACAAAAUACUACCUAGAGAUUCUUCAGAUAAUCUAGUGAAUAAAUUGUCCAGCAAGGACGUUACCUCUACUGAGGAAUUUAAUGAAAUAUUAGAUCGUAACUGGAGAGAUUCAACAAUCAGUGAUAUUGUCAAUACUUUUAUAAGAGUAAAAAACUUUUGUAAAUCAAACAAUAUAACUGUUUCUGAUACCAGAUUUGAUAACCUUGUGGAUGGUUUAAUGGACAAUUGUGAACAUAUCACUGAUGAUGAAUUAAUCAGCUUAUUACAUUGCCUUACUGAAUUUCCUUUUGUCGAAUCUUAUUCAGCGCACAACUUCCAUGAUAUUUGGAGCUGUCUAGACGAUCUUUGUUGCUGGAAACUAGUGGAUUGGGAUAUUGAAAAAAGUUUCACUGUUGCUAACAUUUGGUAUCAAUUACAUUUGGGCAAACUUUGUGACUAUAUUAACAUUUUAAUAGAUAGAUGUGUUAAAAAAGCUACCGUUCUUACAAAAGAUCAACUAGUAAACAUUUAUUUCUAUCUAAAUAUUUGCCGUAAAAGACCUGUAGAUUUUGAAUAUGAAUUUGCAUUAGAACAAUUAAUUAAUGAUAUGAAUAUUGAUGAAAUGGCAGUUAUUUCUAUGGGUUAUUUUAAAACAAAAACAAAAAUCAAAUUAUUACCUAUACAAGAAGCAAUAAUUAAUAGAGUUAUGCAACAUGCAAAGGACAUUCAAGAUAUAUCAUUAACUGCUAUAUUAAAGAUUUUACGAUAUUCCAAACCUUUUAAAUUAGUAGAUAAAGUUGAAAAAAUGACUGAAAAGCUUUAUCCAGAAAUAGAUCGUCUCUCUGAUCUGGCUUGCACUCAUUUAGCACUGUUAAGUACUGGUGUACAAACUUAUAACAAGAUGGUGUUUCAAAAAAUAUCGGAAAAAUUUGUUAAUAACAUCACAGAUCCUCAAAAGAUACGCUUUAAGGAUAUUGAACGGAUUCUAAACGUCCUGACAAUGUUCAAUUUUGUUCCAAAAACAGAUCCAGAUAUUUUCAAAGCUUGCUAUGACGAGAUUCAUAAGAAUGAGAGAAUAGCUGAAACUGUGAAAUACCCUAGAUGCUUAGCAUGCUCUUUAAAUUACUUAAGCUUGCGAAAUAUGUAUUCCUAUGAAUUAACUGAUAAAAUAAUGGAUCAAGAAUAUAUAAUUAGUGUUUAUGGAAAAGGUGCAAAAGCUGUACCAAGAGAAAUAUUUUCUUUGGAUCGAUGCAUAGAUAUUGAUUGUCCUGAUUAUACAGGAAAUAGAUUAUCCCCAGAUUUAAAAUAUAAAGCAGCCAAAUGGUUGACUGAAUUCACUCCAAGUUACGAUCAGUGGAAAAAACUGUCUGCUAUGGAUAAACUAAUUUUAGAUACUAUUGAUACUGUUAGAAGUAUAGUUGGUGAUGAUAGGUUUAUGUUUAUACAUCAUAUUUUACCACAUUUUUCUAGAGCUGAUAUUGUUGUUUGUAAAAAUAAAAAAACUGGAGAAUUUGUUGAACCAGUCGGUUUCCAUAAUUACAUUUUAGGUGAUGUAAUGUAUCCUUUUAAUGAUGGCUCACUUGAGUGGUUCGCAGUAGUGGUUUUAGGUUGGAAUAAUACAAUAAAAGAUACAAAUCUUUGUUUAGGACAUUCUCUUAUGAAAGAAAGACAGUUAAGGAAAAUUGGUUAUAACCCAGUGCUUGUCAUUUGGAGUGAAUUUCAAGGUUUGCAAUCUCAGGAACAAAGAAAACAAUAUAUUUCCAAUAAAAUGAUGUUGAAAGAAUAAAUAAAUAAACUUUAUUCAAUUACU